AUGGAUUCUGCAGAAGUUGACGCAUCAUCUCCCGAGAUUACUUUGGCAUUUUAUCGUCGUUUAUACCCCUUCAAACCAAUAUACAAUUGGUUGAACCAAGAUCAUGUGCCGUCACGUCUGAUUACAAAUCGAGAGUUUGCUCUAACCUUGCCCGGAGACGUGUACUUGCGAUACAACUCGUUUUCCAACGUCGAAGAAAUGAAGAAGGAAAUAUGUCGCUACAAUCCUACGCGUUUUGAGAUUGGCCCUGUGUAUAGUGCUCGACCCCGAGACAAAAAGUCACUGAGACCCGGAGCCCUUACUCCAACAGCUCGCGAGCUAGUCUUUGAUAUUGAUAUGACCGAUUACGACUCGAUUCGAACGUGUUGUGUCGGAAAGGGAAUAUGUCGUCGAUGCUGGAAGUUUAUUGCUGUUGCUGUCAAGGUGUUGGAUAGGACAUUGCGACAGGAUUUUGGGUACAAGCAUCUAAUGUGGGUGUAUUCUGGUCGACGAGGUAUUCAUCUUUGGAUAUCCGAUAAAGAAGCCAUGGAUUUGACCGACGACGAGAGGCGCGCUAUCGUCCAGUAUAUUGAAGUAGUCAAGGGAGGAAAAGAUCAAACUAAAAAAGUUAACAUUCGACCUUCUGCAUCUGGCAAUGCUACUGGCCCAAUCCAUCCGGCGCUCCAAAAGUCAUUAGAGAUUUUGUCUGAAGACUUUGGUGACCUGAUACUAAUUGAUCAAGAUGUGUUCGCGAAGCCAGACUCAUGGCAAGAGCUAUUGCAACUUUUACCCGACAAGGAUCUUGUAAAUCUCUUGCAAAUGUCUUGGGAUGGCAGGGAGAUAUCUUCCGAAGCAAAAUGGAAGGAACUGAGGUCAGCCAUUUCUUCCAUGAAGGACAAUAGAAAGGUUCUUAUGAAGACCGUUAUCGAGGACAUAGUUUUCCAAUACUCAUAUCCUCGGAUAGACACUGAAGUCUCAAAACACCGCAACCAUCUACUCAAAGCCCCGUUCUGUGUACACCCUGGGACAGGGCGUAUCUGUGUGCCGGUGGACGCAGCACACGUUGAUGAAUUCGAUCCAGAGAAUGUCCCCACCAUUGGCGGACUGUUACGUGAGCUAGAUGAAGUGCCAACUACACAGCCUGGUGUCGAACACCAUUCAGAUUGGGAGCAUACGUCGCUAAAACCCUAUGUCGAGAUGUUGGAACGGCACGUAUCAGCCAUAAUGAAUGACGUGAGAGAAAGGAAACGAGGACUUGCGAACAAAUCUCUGGACUUUUGA